AUGCCAUCCUACGUUGACAACCGUCCCCUGGACGCCAUCAUUGUUGGGGCAGGUUUCGGCGGCUGCUACCUUCUCCGGAACUUGAGAAAACAAGGAUUUCGGGCCCAGAUCUUCGAGGAAGGCCAUGGCCUAGGCGGCGUCUGGUGGCACAACCGCUACCCUGGCGCUCGCGUUGAUACCGACACUCCCUACUACGAAUUCUCCGACCCCGAAAUAUGGGAGGAAUGGGAAUGGGCUGAGAAAUACCCCAGCCAGGCCGAGAUGGUCAGGUACUUCGAGUUUGUCGACCAGAAGUGGGACCUCAGCAAGGACGUCACCUAUGGUGCUAGGGUGACUGACGCCACUUUCGACCCCCAGGCCAAUGACUGGACGAUUCAAACGGAUAGUGGCCACACGGCCACAGCACCCUUUCUCCUACUUGCGAUGGGCUUUGCUGCCAAGAUGUACGUGCCGAACAUCAAGGGGCUCGACACGUUCAAGGGCUUCUCAUGUCAUACGGCCCGUUGGCCAGAUCAUCACCUCGACUUGACGUGGAAGAAGAUUGGCAUCAUCGGCACUGGCGCGACUGGCGUCCAACUUGUCCAAGAGCUCGGCCCCACUGCAGAAAACCUCGUUGUCUUCCAACGUUCGCCUAACUGUGCAGUGCCCAUGAGACAGAAGUCCCUAGCACUAGAUCCCCCCAGCAAGACCGGAUACCCAGAACUUUUCUCUCAGAUGAAACUUUCCAGAGCCGGCUUCACCUACCCAAUCAUUAACAGAAAAGCCAUGGACGAUACGCCAGAACAACGGAGAGCUUUAUUCGAGCAACUCUGGGAUAUCGGAGGCUUUGCACCCACUCAAGGAAACUACAUGGACUUUAGCACCAAUCUGGAGGCGAACCACGAAUUCUACUACUUUUGGCGGGAUAAAGUGCGGCAAAGACUCCUCACAGAUGAUGCUGAGUUGAUCGAGAACCUCGCUCCUGAAGAACCUCCGUAUCCUUUUGGUACGAAACGUUCAUCUUUAGAGCAGAACUUCUACGAAGUCUUCAAUCAAGACAACGUCAGUUUGGUCUCAUUGAAGAAGAACCCGAUUGAGAAGGUCAUUCCGGAGGGAGUGAAGAUGUCUGACGGGACUAUCCACAAGCUUGACGCUCUUCUUCUGGCCACCGGUUUUGACGCCGUGACCGGAAGCUUCACCCGAGUCAACAUUCGGGGGCUCAAAGGAAGACUUCUCAAUGACGUUUGGAGCAGCCGAGCACGCACAUUCCUGGGCAUGAGCACAUCGGAAUUCCCAAACAUGUUCUUCCUCUAUGGUCCUCAAAGUCCCACCGCGACUGCGACAGGGCCAGUUGUCUCAGAGAUACAAGGCGACUGGAUUAUUCAGGCCUUGGUCCAUCUAAGAGAGAACGGAUACACCCGCAUCGAUGCGCAAUCUGAUGUUGAAGAACAAUGGGGCCACCGGGCUAAUGAUAUUUGCAACGGGACGCUUCUUCCUCAAAAUAAGACGUCUUGGUACAUGGGUGGUAAUAUUCCAGGAAGAACUCGGCAGGCGCUCAGUUACAUGGGCGGCCUGCCAGCGUAUCGCUGUGCUAUCAAUGAGUGUUCCUCAGAUGGCUUUGCCGGGUUUAGCAUGCAAUAG